GACAAGACAGUUCGAGAAAUCAAUGUUUAGGGAAAAAAGAGUAGGUAUUAGAAGUGGUAGUGGUGUGGGGAAAGCACUGGUUAGUUAGUCUGUGUAAACAUGUGGCGGUGGUUGGUGGUGUGGCAGGCGUCGUUGUUGUUAGUGAGUGGUACCUUGGACAUGCGGUAUUUGAACUCGCGCUAUGCCAGUUCGCAGUUCGACUGCUUCGACUACCCAGUUGCAAUGCCAAUGAGGUCAUUUGAAUCAGGCUGGGGUCUAGCGAGAAAACCUGCCACAGAAAAGUACCGAUCAAUUCCAACACCGUAUGUUCAUGAAUUAUCAAGAAGAAUCGACUUCCUCUUACCCAACCGCGAGGACAUUGUGAAAGAACACGCUAAAUUAGUCCAAGAUAUAAAUGGUCUUCGGCAAGUCAUGUUUGUUGCUCCGUUAGCUAACGAGCCAAAAGACUACGAGGACUCCAUAUUCCCUGAAAUCAUUGAGACAUCUUCUACUACCACAAGCAGGCCGUCGACUACAAAACCCCCUAGACCGACGAAGGGUAUUCCAAUUGUCUUAUUGGGUGGUGCAACUCGUAAACAUACAAUAAAAAGUCAGCCUCCAAAGAAUCAUAGGCAGACCUUAAAUUUGGUAGGAAACUCUGUGACUCCAUUAGUGAGACAUCCUUAUCCAUUUAUCACGGCGGCAUCUUCACGUCAACCAGUAAGAAUUUGUAUGUCAUCACCCUUCUCGUAUACCUCGACUACGCAUCGUCCGAGCCUUUGGGAGCGUCUUUUUAAAUCAAUAAUACCAAGAUAGAGUAUAUAAGAUGAAUACCAGUUCUUUAACCAACGAGCGCUACGUAAUCUAGUGCUAAUAGCUCCACGUAACACUUAGUGAUUUUAUAUUGUAAACUGAUUUCUCAUUGUUUUGUCGUUGCACGGAAAGCGAGAGUAAUCUUGUUAUUGCUGCACUUAUAAAGGUUCUUGCACAGCUACCGUCUGUAUAUUAAGAGCGAUUUGUAACAAUAUUUCAAUAGAAAUAGUAUUUAUUUAUACUUCUUAUUAUCAUUCAAUAUCC